AUGGUGAGGGACAUGAGAUGGCUUUCUUCUUUAGCUUCUAGGGCCUCACCUGCACUCAGAAACCUCCCCGAGCAAGCUCAGAGAGAAUCCUCAUCAAAAAACAAACCCAGAAAAGUUCUGAAUCAAACACCUUCUGACAACGUUGGAGCUCCUCUUAAAGGUAAUUCUCCUAAACCCAACUUUGAGCCUCAAAAUCCUAAUUUAGUUUCCAUUUCAACGAAUCCCAUUUCAGCUGUUAAUAACAAGUUUCGUGUUGAUAAUAAACGAAUUGAUCACCUAUACAUCGCUCAAAUUCUUUCACGGAAGGACUGGUUUUUAUUGCUGGACCACGAGUUGAAGGCCAAGAGGAUUUUUUUAAAUCCCCAGUUUGUUGCUAGUGUCUUGCAAAACCAAGAAAGCCCAUUGCAUUCUUUGAAGUUUUACAUAUGGGUUUCGAGUACCGACUCGUUAUUCGCAAAGAAUCAAUCAGUUCGUGGUGUUUUAGCCAAGACCUUUUACCGUAAAGGCCCAGUUGUAUUGUCUGUUGAAUUGCUAGAAGAUAUUAAGAAUUCAGGUUUUAAGGUCAGUGAAGACUUGCUUUGCAUAUUGAUCAGCAGUUGGGGUAGGUUGGGUUUGGCAAAAUAUUGUGCUGAGGUUUUUGGGCAAAUAUCUUUUUUGGGUCUUAGUCUUAGCACAAGAUUGUACAAUGCUGUGAUCGAUGCUUUAGUCAAGUCCAAUUCACUUGACUUGGCUUAUCUAAAAUUCCAACAGAUGCCCGCGGAUAACUGCAAUCCCGAUAGGUUCACUUACAAUACCCUCAUUCAUGGAGUUUGCAAGAUUGGUAUUGUGGAUGAGGCACUUCGCUUACUCAAACAAAUGGAGGGCUUAGGGUAUUUGCCUAAUGUUUGUACGUAUACUAUCCUCAUAGGUGGGUUUUGUAAUUCAAAGAGGGUUGACGAAGCCUUCAGGGUUUUGGAGAUAAUGAAGGAGAAGCAUGUGUCCCCUAAUGAAGCUACUAUCAGAUCAUUGGUUCAUGGGGUAUUUCGUUGCAUGGCCCCUAGCAAGGCUUUUGAGUUGUUAUUGACUUUUUCUGAAAGGGAGUCUGUAUUUUUUAAAGUAGCUUGUGAUACCAUACUGUGUUGCCUUUCAAAUUAUAAUAUGGCAAAAGAGAUUGCUCUUUUUUUGAAGAAAUCUGGUGCAAGAGGUUAUUUGCCUGACAGUUCGACAUUCAACAUCAUAAUGGUUUGUUUGAUAAAGGAAUUAGCUAAUCCUCAGAAUGAGGUCCAGGAAAUAUUUGAAAGUUUUAUACAGCGAGGAGUGAAACCAGGAUUUAGUACUUAUCUUCAAUUGAUUGAAGCUAUGUACAAGGCAAGACAAGGUGAUGAGGGGAAUCGAAUCUUUGAUCAAAUGAUCAAAGAGGGACUUGUGUCAAAUGCCUUCUCAUACAACAUGGUAAUUGAUUGCUUCUGCAAAGCCAAAAUGAUGGACAGGGCAUCAAAGGCUUUUGGAGAUAUGCAGCGCAAAGGUAUUCCUCCUACCCUUGUUACUUUCAAUACACUUCUUAAUGGAUACUGCAAGGUUGGAGAGGUAGGUAAGGCACAUGAACUAUUGGCAUUGCUCUUGGAACAUGGGUUUAAGCCAGAUACGUUCACUUUUAGUUCAAUAAUUGAUGGUCUUUGUCGGGUGAACCAGAUUGAUGAUGCUUUUGAAUGUUUUGCUGAGAUGAUUAGGUGGGGGGUCACUCCAAAUGCCAUCACAUACAAUAUAUUGAUACGCGCUCUGUGUUUCAUUGGAGAUAUUGCUAGAUCUAUGAGACUAAUGAAAAGAAUGGAGGCAGAUGGAAUAAAACCAGAUGCUUACUCGUUCAAUGCUCUUAUUCAAUGUCAUUGUAGGAUGAACAAGGUUGAGAAAGCAGAGGAACUUUUUCUUGCUAUGUUAACACUGGGUUUGAAUCCCGACAAUUAUACGUACAGUGCUUUUAUCAAGGCAUUGUGUGAUUCAGGAAAACUUGAUGUGGCGAAGGAGAUAUUUCUCUCUAUGGAAGCAUAUGGUUGUUUUCCUGAUUCUUCUAUUUGUAAUAUAAUUUUAUAUUCACUGGGUAAGGCUAUCGCCAGUCCAUGUGUUUUAUGCUGCUCUGUCGAUAUGUUUGCUCGGAAGACAUGUCCAUCAGUAGCACAAGAGGAUGAUGAUUUGCGUAAUGCAUUUUGGAACCAACUGUAUCCUGGGGAGAUGGAAAGUCAGCAAAAUUCAGAUGUUUCGACUGUUAUCCAUAGGAGGAGGCAUUAG